AUGUCAAUCAAAGAUGUGUUUGUGAUGCUGGUGAUGGUGAUGGCACUCGAGUGUGGAAGAACUGUUGGCCAAGUGAUCGAUGUUAGAGUGGUGUCAGAGUAUAGCUCAUUGAUCAAUUGUAAUGUAAAGGUUGUACUGGUUGUCAAUGAUACAUCGCCAAUCACAAACGUACUGUUGUUUGGCCGGACAAACAAUAUAAUAGACAGUGUCACAAUGUUUAAUGGUUAUCAACAUGUCAAGUUUAGCAAGCAAGUUGGCGUACAGUCCGCACCCCUCUUCUGGGGCGAUGCCGGCGUCAUUGACAGUAUCAACCAGACGUUACCUUGGAACGCUACAUUCACAUGUCCGAUCAUUCCCACCACACUGACCGUGACGAUGUACUCUGGACCCUUGGUCAGGAAUAGAGUGUUCCCAUCUCUGAACCUAUCCCCACCCAACCACGAUAUCUUCCAGGCGACAGUGUCAACCAAUGAUCCAUUCAGUAGUACGAUUGGAGCGUACGACUGCAACGCUUCGAUAUAUGUAUGCCAGAUGAUACUACUCAGACAGGGCCCCGGUGGACCCGCAGUGUCAAGUCUCUACCAGUUGCUACUAUACCCCAUUGGAACAGACGUGGGUGACUACACCAAGCCCAUCAAUCUCACCAUUACUAGCUAUGGACGUACGGCCUACUUUGUCCUCCCGCCAUUGACCAACAACACAGUGACCAAGACUGAUAGCUCGACUGUGUUUGAUCUGAGUCUAGAGACUGGACUGGUGCCAACGAGACCAAACGCGAUGUAUGCAUCACGUGUCUCAUCGACGAGCUCAGAUGCACUGUACUUUAUCUACUCCAACGUAUCGUCCACCAACCAAUUGAUAUCAUACUUCCGAGUGUUCAAGCCAAUGCGCACCUAUCCCAAUGGCCUUGUAGACAACUUUGCACUGGCUACAAUCCAAUUGCAACAGGUCCAGAUAUUUGAAGCGCUGACCACUCCUUCCGCAUUCCCUCCUUUCAUCAAGACUCCAUACGUAGCACCAACUAUCCAAUCAAGUAGAACACAAAUGACAAACUGGACUGGGGGCAUUCAGUUUAGAACCAACUUUGUAUUGCCAAACUAUCGAUCUUGCUACUUUGGAUUCAAAAUGACGUUGAUGGGACCCGAUGACAGCUUCUCCUAUCCAUUUGGCGUCAAGAGUAUUGCCGAUGGUGGCAACACCACCUUGUCCGUCACCUACUACGUCAGUGGCUAUAUCCCCAACAACCAAGGAAGUAACCUUAGAUGUUACUACGCCAAUGUUGUUGUUAAUAUGCCAGCGUUAAUCAAUUAUACUGAUGGUACAUCACCAUUUGUGGAAUCAUUCCAGAUAGUACCAAUUGGUGGAUCAAGGUACUUGUUACGAACAACUAUUAGUGAUGCUGAAUCUGGAUUAUCAAGGAUGAUGGUGUAUUUCUCAACAGGUGAAAUGUAUCACAUUGAUCAUUUGGACUUGUAUCAAGGCAAUUCAAAGUAUGGCUAUUAUGAGAAGCUACUUGAGUUGAACACUCCACCUGGCCAGACUGUCAAAUACGAUCUCAUGCUGAUGAACGAUGCCAACAGGAUAUCAAUGACUGACGUUGGAUACUCCUCGAUCACCGGAUCACCAGUAGGAUUCAGGACCGCAGCAUAUGAUAUUGGAGCACAAGACUUGAUAGUGUUCUACUUUGACAAGUAUGUUAUGGAUGUGAGCACGUCAUCCAUGGAUAACAAGUUAUACAUCAGCUCUCCAAAGAUAUUGCCAAGUUGGAAGGUGACAUUAAUCUAUGGCUUAGUGGAUGAGAAUCCAAGUUACCAGGCCGACGCAACAUAUAACGCUACACUUGGAUUGUUUGUCCUUCCAUUCACCGUGCCCACUUGUACAAUCACUCGUCAAAUGCAGUAUUACAUCCGUGUGAUGCUUCCUCCUGGUAACUCUUACACCGUCUUCUCAACAAAGGAUAUGACAGGCAUUGCUGGCACCCUAAUGAUCGAUGGCGCACUCAUCCAGAAACAGUUCCCAACAACAUCAAUCGUCAACAUCAAGUCAACAUCUGGUGAUGAGUUACCACCAAUGAUCACUGAAUGUACAGCAAUACCUGGCAAGACAGUGGACUUGACAUUGAACGGAAAAGCGACAAUGAUUGGUUGGGCAUUCGUGAUUGAGGACACUGGCAAUGGAUUCUUGAAAGGAGUGAUUAAUGUGAUUAGUGAUGUCGAUGGUCAAGUGCGCAGAUUCGAGUUAACACCGGCCAACAAGACUGGUGGCGACCAGUUUACAGGCAGCUACGUGAUAAUGUUCCAAGUGGACCCCAACUAUCGCAGUCAAACAUUCACAUUCCUCGACAUUGAGGUGUUUGACACCUCAAUGAAUCGUGGCUACUACUCAACAGUCGAUUCAGACACAAGAGUUGUGUCUCCAUUGGCCGCCAGCAUGACCGCCACUCGUAUACUCGAGUUCAAUAUCCAGUUGAUAACAGGCACAACAGAUAUAACUCCACCUGUUCUUGAAUCAUUGGAGGUACUAACACCAACUGUGGAUGUUGGAUCACAUCUAAGGAAUGUUGAGGUCAGGUUCACGGUGCGCGAGUCUGGCUCUGGAUACAGCUUACGUCACAUUCCGUCAGUCUAUAUCACUGGGUACAUCUUUGAGACCUACAAAUUGGCCACAUCCGAAUCAUCAAUGGUACAAGCUGGUGACCUCUAUACAUUCACAGCAUCUGGAAUACCUCCAUAUGGAUUCGCAGCCAAGACCAGUGGUGCAGUGGCCGGUGGAUCGACUUUGGCAUUCAUCUCUGUCUAUGGAUUGGUGGACAACAGUCAAAACAUCAAUGGAUACGCCACUGAGGACCUGCCAGUCUCACCACAAGUGGCGAGGACCGUUGAGAUCGUAUACACUCACAUCACACCAAUACUGGAAAGAGUCGAGCUUGGACAAGGAGUGAUCACAGUGUUUGGAAAGAACUUUGGACCCAAUCCAACAUUGGUCGAUGCACUCAACAUCAACAAUCCAACAGUGUUGUUCACCAAAUCAUUUGGAUCAGUUGUGAUUGCCGUGUUCAACAUUACAGAUGUUGUUCGAGUUGAAAAGACAUUGUUGAUACAACUCAGGAAUCAACCAGACAACUCAACAUACUGCUCCAACACUUUGAGCAUAAGAUAUAUUCCAGGACCUGAGGCACCAGUCAUACCACUACCGAACAUCACAUGUCCAGGUUCGCCACCUUGCUCCAACCAUGGUGAUUGCUCACCUACCUUGGUUGUCAAUGUAACGACACAUGAGUCAGUACCAACGACACCAGUGAUCAAUCCAGAUAAUCCAUCGACAGUGUAUACUUUCAAUGAGACGACAGGAGUGACUAUUGUUGGUGAGAUUGAGAUUAUCAGAGUGAGAGUAUUGGAUCAACUUGGCACAGAGUUGGCAUCAUAUCUAUUGAACCAAUGGAACACAUCAAGCACAUCGAGUCAAUCACGAGAUUAUGUUGCUCAAUAUGGACCCAAUGAUGGAAGUAAUGUUGGUGUGAUCAAAGUGAAUGUAAGAUUGUUCACAGAGGAUGAGGACGUCAAGUUUGCAGGAGACAUACUCCCAAUGAAGAAGAACACGAUCAAGUACACAAUCACACUGGCCAACUAUACAUUCCCAAGUCUGUUGGACACGAUGCAGGUUGUGAUGCGUGCAACAAUCAACACGACUGAUUCCAACUCAUGCUCAGUCCAACAAUAUGGCUACACCGAUGGAGACAAGGACAACUUGUUCUGGAUGCGUGUCAAAGUGCAGAGCUAUAGCAUGUAUGGUCACUUUAUCCAAAAGGCAAUGAUUGAUGACAGAGUGUCUGCCGUGUCCAACAUACUGCUCAAUGACACUGUUCAAACAGUGGCCAACAACACUCAAUCGUCACAAACAUUGAUUGGAAUCAAUGUAUCUGCAUUCACAAGACAAGCCUACCUGGAUCCAGACUUUUUGUUGCUUCUGGAUAUUGAUGAUGCCAAGGACAUUGAUGGUGCAUUCUGCAGGCAAUCCAGUUCAUCAAAGCUGUCACCAUUGGCCAUCGCUGGAAUAGUUGUAUUAUGUGUUGCCUUUGUCGCGGCUAUUGCUGUUGGCAUUAUGAUGCGUAUGAAGUCAAUCAGAAAGCAGAGAAAAGAAGUGAAUCGAAUCAAUGUCAGGCUGUCUGCACUUAAGUCUCAGCAGCAACAUCAAAGUUAA